GCGCAGGCGUAGAACUGACUUCGCGCCGGAAGUGACGCCACGGCGCUUUCUCUACUUCCUCUCCCACCCAAGAUGGCGCCGCCCGAGAAGCCGCUCCGCCUGCUGGUGUGCGGCGACGUGGAGGGCCGCCUGGGGGCGCUCUUCGCCCGCGUCCGCGCCGUCCAGAAGAAGAGCGGGCCCUUCGAGCUCCUGCUCUGCGCCGGAAGCUUCUUCGGCUCCGCCCGCGACCCCGAGUGGGAGGACUUCCGGGGCGGGGCCAAGAAGGCUCCCAUCCCGACGUUCAUCCUGGGCGCCAACAACGAGGAAACGGCUGGACACUUCCCGGAUCCUGGCGGUGGCGAACUGGCCGAGAACAUCACUUACCUGGGCCGCAAGGGCGUCUUCAGUGGGGCCUCUGGGCUGCAGAUCGCCUACCUGAGUGGCACCGAGUCCACGCAAGAGCCGGCCCCGGCCCACAGCUUCAGCGCCCACGACGUGGCUGAGCUCCGGGCCUCCUUGCUCUCUGCUCCGGGCUUCAAAGGCGUGGACAUCCUGCUGACCUCUCCCUGGCCCAGGGGUGUCCAGGCCUUUGCAAACAAUGCCCCGGGCUCCGUCCAGAGCCAAGCGCCCGGCAGCUCAGAGCUGGUCUCCCUCUUGGCCGCCAGCCUCAAGCCCCGCUACCACUUUGCCGCCCUGCAGAAGGUGCAUUACGAGAGGCUGCCUUACAGGAACCAUGCUGUGCUCCAGGAAGCCGCCCAACACGCCAGCCGGUUCAUCGCCCUGGCAAACGUGGGCAACACGGACAAGAGCAAGUACCUGUAUGCCUUCAGCAUCCUCCCCAUGGCUUCCAUGGACCCGGCGGAGCUGGUCAAGCAGCCCCAGGACGUCACCGAGAACCCUUACCGGCAGGCCUGGGGCAGCAAGGGCAGCGCCUCCCACCUCCUGCCGGGCGCAAAGGGAGAAGACACGGAGCCGGCCUCCCAGUUCUUCUUUGACCUGAGCCGCAAGCCCAAGGGCCGGAAGCGGCCUGCGGAGGGAGGGGGCGGGGGUGGGCCCCGGCAGGAGAAGCAGCAGAAGCAGCAGCACCGGCCCCCAGGCAGCAGCAGGCGCCCCCCCCUGCCGCCGGCCGCCUGCUGGUUCUGCCUGGCCAGCCCCCAAGUGGAGAAGCACCUCGUCGUCAGCAUCGGCUCCCAGUGUUACCUGGCGCUGGCCAAGGGGGCCCUGUGCGCGGACCACGUCCUCAUCCUGCCCAUCGGCCACUGCCAGUCCGUGGUGGAGCUGCCCGGCGACGUGGUGGAGGAGGUGGAGCAGUACAAGGCGGCCCUGCGGAGGUUCUUUGGGGCCAGGGGCAAGCGGUGCGUCGUCUACGAGAGGAACUUCCGCAGCCAGCACCUCCAGCUCCAGGUGAUCCCGGUCCCCAAGCAGCGCUGCUCCGCCGAAGACAUCAAGGAGGCCUUCCUGUCCCAAGCCGAAGAGCAGCACAUUGAACUGAUGGAGAUCCCGGAGCACUCGGCUCUCAAGCAGAUCGUGCAGCCAGGGACGCCGUACUUUUACGUGGAGCUGGAUAACGGAGAGAAGCUCUUCCAUCGCAUUGGGAAGACCUUCCCCUUGCAGUUCGGGAGGGAGGUGCUGUGCAGUCCGGCGGUGCUGGGCUUGCCCGGCCGGGCGGACUGGAGGGACUGCCAACUGGGGCGGGAGGAGGAAGCGGCCGCCGCUCAGGACUUCCGCCGGGCCUUUGAGCCCUUCGACUUGCCCCAAGCGGACUGAGAAAGAAAGGGGGAGGGGACCCUUGACCCCUGGAGGUCUUGACCCUUGAGACCCGUGGAAGGCUGUUCUCUGUGGCCGGAACCUCGAUCCCCAGGUGGCCGGUGGCCUUUGGAGCGGGAGGACAUUCUUUCAGUGGCUUCUGUGUUGAUGUUGGUAAAGAAAAGCACUGUAAACAUGCGGCAUUUUGUAAGUUUGUAAAUAAAUAAAAGACUGGUUUUUACACAUGCA